AUGUUCGAGAUAGGUUUGAUGAGAGAUCGGGCAAAUUUGCAGCGUGCUGCAAUUUUGACAUCGCUGCAUCGGAACGUCUUGGAUUUGACGGUCAGUAUCGCUGAUGCGGUCACUCGUGCGAUCAUGGAUUUUGAAAUUCAAAUGAAUAAGGCGGAUAGUAUCGACGCCGUUCUUCAACUUCAGAAGGACGUCGUGCACCAGAUAUUCAAGGAAAGUCGAUUGGACCAAUGGAAGAAGGUUGCAUACCUACAACGUCUAGUAGAUCUCAUUAUUACACAUGGUCUCAAUGGACUCAUGAAUUCCACAACUCUGAGCGAGGAUUACUAUGUGAUACUGGAGGACGUGGAGUCGUUGCAACUUAUUGAAUAA